UUUUUGUCUUUCUAGAUCUUCCGGUGUUUUCUAGUAUUUACGCAUGCGGGUAUAAAGCAGGAAUAAUUUUUAAACUCUGGGUACGUAUUUCCCGUUCUUGAGAAGUUUCUAAAUCAAAUAUUAAUCAUGUCGCUGGUGCCUAGGGAUAAACUGAUGUCGCUGAUACCUGUGACCUUUAAUCAAACAGCGCUCAUCCCGAGUGAGGUUAAUAGGGUUUUUGAAGAGUUCCAGAAGGAAUUGUUCAAGUUGGACCCUUGGGAGUUUGACUUCGACCCGUUUGACCUACAACAUUUUGGGAAAAAUCUGUUAGAACUAGAAAAUCCUAUCGUAGAAGAUAAAGCUGGAAACAAAAGACUACACCUGAAAUUUGACUGCAGAGACUUCAAACCGGAGGAGAUUACUGUGAAAACGAUGGACAAGAACAAGUUGACAGUCCACGCAAAACACGAGGAAUCAGGACCCGGGAAAAAAGUAUACAGGGAGUUUACCAGGUCCUAUGUUCUUCCAGAAAGCGUGGACCCCGGGAAAAUGACCUCCUCGCUGUCCUCCGACGGCGUUUUGUGUAUUGAGGCUCCAGUCCCGAAAAGUACUAAGGCCAUUAAAUCAUAACUUUCUUCGUAAAACGCAGCAUGUUUGUAUAUUGUUUUUGUGGAUUAACUGACGUCUUGGUAAGAAUUGUAUGACUUGUUUUGUUGACACUUUGUAUUUGUUUAUUAUGUUUAAGAAAUUCAAUAAAAAUGUGUUGCAUUGUUCAA